AUGCCAAACACACAAAAGAAUAACUCUCAUGGGCCCUAUAAUGUGCUUUCAGAUUUGACAAAAGAAAAGAUCCUUGGUCUUCAACUUGCUGGAAAUAAUGUUGCCAGCAUUUCAGCCAAGCUGAAUGUACCCAAAUCAACGUCUUCUGGAAGACCACAGAUCCUCACACCUAGAGACAAAAGACGUAUUGUCUCGAAUCUCAAAAAAGACAGGUGGUCAAUGUUAGAUGAUCUUGUUGAUGAUGCUAGUGCUGACACGGGAUAG